UCCAAAGUUGUGCAGGCUCGUUGUAAACAUGAUGGCCAUAUGUUGCUUUUUGGCGCUCGGGUUGUUUUCGUCUGCGCUGUGCAGAGAUGGAGAAAAAGCGUCAGAGCUGGAGAGGCUGCAGCCGGACUUCAGCAGUGAUGAGCAGAGACUUAGUUUGAAGAAGUCGGAGGUCUCGAAACGCAGCGCAGGACUGAAUGAACAGACAUGUACAGCUUUUCCUGGCGUGGAGUCAACCCUGCCAAACAACACCCAUACUUUCGCCUUCAAAGUGAGAACCAUGGGUUCCCUGUCACUGGCCUGGGUGGGAGAUGGAUCAGGGGUGCUGCUGGUCUUGACAACAUUUCAAGUGCCGUUGUUCAUGAUGCGUUUUGGCCAGUCUAACCUCUACAGGAGUGAAGACUACGGGAAGACGUUCAAUGACGUGACUCACCUGAUCAACCACACCUUCAUCCAGACAGAGUUCGGUAUCGCCAUCAGUCCUGACCACUCUGGCAAAGUCAUCCUUACUGGCGAUGUGUCAGAAAUCGGGGGAUUUCGACUUUUUCGCUCGCAGGACUUCGGCCUGACAUUUAUCCCAUCUGAUCUGCCGUUUGAGCCCCUCAUUCAGAUGCUGUACAACCCAGGAGACUGCAACGCACUUCUGACGCUCAGUAUCACGUUGGACCUGUGGCUGUCUGAGGACUUUGGCACCACCUGGAGGAAGAUCCAUGACAGUGUUUGUUUGGUCAGAUGGGGUCCAAAAAACAGCAUCUACUUUACAACAAACUAUAAUGGAUCAUGCAAUGAAAAGGGAAUGCUGGAGUUAAGGAAAACGGCAGACUACGGUAGAAGCUUCCAGACGAUCGCAACAAGAGUUUAUUCUUUUGUACUGGGAGGGCGCUUUGUUUUCGCUUCCAUCAUGACUGGCACGGGUACAGAACGUAUGAUCCAUGUGUCAGUGGACGGAGGCGAAGUGUGGAACAUGGCUCAGCUUCCUAAAGUCAACCAUGAGCAGUUCUACUCCAUCCUGGCAGCUAAUCAGGACAUGAUAUUCAUGCAUGUGGACGACCCUGAAGACUCUGGGGUUGGAACCAUCUAUGUAUCAGAUGACAGAGGAACCGUGUUCUCCAAGUCUCUGGAGCGUCACCUCUAUACUACCACAGGAAGUGACACUGACUUUACCGCCAUUGCUUCCCUCAGGGGCGUCUACAUGACCAGCAUACUCACAGAGGAUGGUGCUGUGGAGACAGUGAUCACCUUUGAUCAAGGAGCAAAGUGGCAGACGCUGCGCAGACCACAAAACAGCCAAUGUGACACUGAGACCUCAACUAACAGGCCUAAUAGAUGUAGACUUCACCUCCAUGCCUCCUACAGCACCACCAUGAAGAUCAACGUCCCCAUGCUGCCUCUCUCACAGCCCAGUGCUGUUGGCCUGAUUCUUGCCCAUGGCAGUAUUGGAGACGCAGAGUCAUCUCUCUUGCCUGAUGUAUUUGUGUCUGAUGAUGGGGGCUACACGUGGCUGUUGGCCCUCAGGGGUCCACAUCAUUAUGCUAUACUGGACUCUGGAGGCCUGCUGGUGGCUGUGGAGCACACCAACUCACCCGUUAAUCAGAUCAAGUUUUCUACGGAUGAAGGGCAAUGCUGGCAUACUUAUAACUUCACCAGCGACCCCUUUCACUUUAGCGGUAUGGACAGUGAGCCCGGCUCGCGCUCCAUGAACGUCAGCCUGUGGGGCUACAGGAACGACUUCAGUAAAUGGGUGGUGAUUACUGUAGACUUCAGGAAGCUCCUCACCAGAGAUUGCAAUGAAGGGGACUAUGUACAGUGGCUUGCUCACUCUGCAGACCCUAGUGGAUCUAAUGAUGGCUGUGUGCUGGGCUAUAAAGAGACCUUCUUACGCCUGAGGAAAGACUCUGUCUGCUGGAACGGCAGGGACUAUGCUGUCACCAAGCAGCUGUACCCCUGCUCGUGUACAGUGGAUGAUUAUCACUGUGACUUUGGAUACUACCAACCAAUGAACAGCUCAGAGUGUGUGGAGCAGGAGGAGUUGAAGAGUCGGCCUCUGGAGUUCUGUUUAAAUGGAACUACCGAACAGCUACAGACCAGUGGCUACCGAAAGAUUCCAGGAGACCAGUGUGAGGGUGGUUUCCAGCCAGACAGGAGGGAGACUGACCUGAGGAGGAUGUGCACCAGCAAUGCCCUUCAUCCAAAUUUUCUGACUGAAACCGGUUCAACAAACACAGCUGUCAUAGUGAUGGUUGUCAUAGUGAUCCUGCUGACGAGCGCUAUAGCAGGCGUUUGGCUUGUGAAGAAAUACGUCUGUGGAGGACGGUUCCUUGUGCACCGAUACUCUGUUAUGAGGGAAAAUGUUGAGGCUAAUAAAAUUGAAGGAGUCGAUGAUAUUGACGCCCACUACAUGGAGACAGGAAAAGCGCAGUACAAUGAAGAUUCAGAUCAGGACCUCUUAGAAUAAGGUGGAGAUUUCGGCCCACUCCAAGGCUCUUCAAGACUAAAUUUAACACAGUCUUUCCUGACGCCUGGGCACUCCUGUUGUUCCCACAUGCUGCUUAACAUCUGCUUCUCAAUUUUCGCUAUCACCUGGUGGCUGGAGGACUCAACAGCAGCAGGGUGACUCUCACAUUGCUUCCUUGUACCAGUUGAGGCUCCAACGGCAAAAGAAAAGGCAAACUGGUGAUUUGGGGAGGGGGGACUAAACCCAGUGCAGGACAGACGAAGGCUCUGGGGUCCCUGGAGAGCUUUUGUUGUUUCUGUCACAAAGAGUUUUGUAAAGACCGUUGAGUCUGAAUAUGUGCUCUGUAUGUUUCCUUUCAUGCUGACCUAAGGGGAGAUGGCCUUUCAUAUUUGUGAUGCAUUGCAGACGCGCAAAACAGAAGACAGGACUUUGAGAUAUAUAGGCUUCUAGAAAAUGUUAUAAAAGUAUGUCAGAAUUAGGGAACAGCCAAGCAAUAGAACACAGAAAUUAAUCAUUAAUAUGUUAGCUCAAAGUCUGUUUGUCUGCUGCCAGUCAAGUAGUUUUUUUGUACUCUGUAAAUGUAAAACUUGCAAAAUGCAGUCCUGUUGUGCAUGGCAGACCAUUUAAACAUUCAUUUUUAUCAGUUUCACCUGUCACUAAAAUUGGACAGUAGAACAUUUUUAAAGACUACUCACCAUUCUUAUGCUUAGAAAGGAGCACUUUUCAUUUGAAUAGAAAUGACUGUGAGUAGUAAUACAUCCUAAAAUGUUAUUUUUCACCAUUUUGUACCAGUAAUGUUUCUGUUCUUACUAUAUACUGUCUGUUUGGUUUUAUUUUAUUUUUAAUUUUUUUUUUUAAAUUUUUUUUACAAAUGAGUAGUUUUCAACAAAAUCCCAUCAGGCGAUGCACUUUAUAUGUUCAUAACACACUAAUUGCUUUUGUUAAGUAGCCAUAAUAGAUUUGUUAUUUCUUAUUUCACAUCACUUUUACUAUAAAUGUAGGUAAUACAUAGUAAUAUUUCCAUAUGGGUCAAUACUUUAAAUUUUUUUUAAAUUUUCACUUUUUAGUUUAAAUUGGUGUGUGCCUACAAUAUAAGAACUCAUUUGGAAAACAAAAAUAGGGACUAGAUUAAAAAAAAAAAAAAAGGAGAGAAAAUGUAACUUUUACUGUGAUGACUAGGAAGUAACUAGAACAUUCAAAUAAGUACAAAUACUUUUUUGCCCCUACAAAUAGAAAACUUACAAGUAAAAGACGACUGGUGCUUACCUCAGAAGAACUUGUAUCUACCAUAUAAAUGAUGCAGACUAACAACAAUAGUAAUAAAAGAAGUCACAAGAAAAAAAAAGUAGUCUUUAAUUUUAGUGCCUAGUGAAACUUUUGGAGUAAAUUUUAAAAGAGCCUAGCAUCAUUGGGAGGAAAUAAAAUGUGCAGCUUCAUACAGCUAAUAUCUUCCUCCCCCUGUUUGUGUGGUGUAAAUGAAAGACUUGAAUUAUUGCCAAAGCACUUUUAUUGUUGACUUUUUUCAUUUUUAGAGGUGAAACCUAACCUUAGCCCAGCAUUGUGUGAGUAUGAUGAUAAUGCUAACCCAAACCCCUUUACUUGAACUUUCUGAUAUUUUUACUUAACAGUAUGCACCAAUAUGUCACUGUUGUCGUGUCAUUUUUUACUCUUUGGCUGAUGUUUUCUCCACAUUAGCCAAUACCAAUAUGCAUUUGUGUAAUGAUGUUAAUGCAGAGGCAGACAUAAUCAUCAAGACAAGAUAAUCAAAUGUUUGUUUGUUUUUGUUUUUUUCUGAUACUAAUAUGACAUUGGAGAAACUCACAGAAAUGCCAGUCAACAAUCAUCUAAAUGUUGCCAGAGAAAACAUUUCCAGAAAGCUAUCAGCCAGUACUGAUGGUCUUUUGAUAUCAAUAUAUUGGUGGUGCAUCCCAAAUAAAUUGUCUCACAAAUGUUGGAACAAAAUUAUAAACCCCUCAGUUUCAUGUGUGUGUGUUGGCCACCAUCAAGUACUUUAUUCUGUUCACUGAAUUGCAUCUUUUCAUCCUUUAGAUGAGAUGUUGGCUGGCUUGCAUUUCUAUAUUAUCUGCAGUGUAAGAAUUGUAACUUUUGACAUAUGUUGCAGGGCUUAUGGCCGAUGCUUGUUUUUCCUAGCAGAGGCAAUAAUAUCCCAGCGAAUAAGCUAUUGUAAUAAGCUGGCCUAGUUUAGAGGCAUAUUCUCAAGGACUCUUGGCUGGACUUUGUCAGAUAUGAGCGCAAAUUCAUAUGCUUGAUUCUUCUUUACUUACACAGCUGUGAGUAAGAACAAACCCAGCUAUUUACUUGAUUCAAUGAUUUAUUUUUGCACUGUACCUACAGAUCUGUGAAAAAAUAUUGCAUUUGUGCCUCCAUGUACAUCUCAUUUUUUGUAAAAAGAAAAUAUUGGGCCAUGAGUUGGGAUCUUCA